AUGUUUUCUCUGCCACUCGGUCAAUCCAGCGAAAUAGUCUGUGAUUUGCGGAGACCAGCAGAGCAUUCAAAAGCAAUAGAGAAGAGAGAAUCGAUAGAACGAGACGCGGCCAUCCCGAACAGAAACAACAACGCACCUGAUCCGCCACUCAUCGAAGACCAGGACCAGGAGGACCAGCGGGAGGUAGUGGACCACAGCGCAAUGGAGCCGGAGAACGUGAUGAGAGUUGUGAGAAAUCAUGACCAUCGUCAUGAACAGCUAGAAGCAGCUCGUGAGCAACACGAAGCAGCAGCUCGUAGACUAGGCCAAGCUAUUGUAGACAACGGCGGUGAAGAGGCUAGCAUGCGUCAACGCGAAGCAGCUCGUGCAAUGCGUCAGGCCAUUGUGGUCAACGACGAUGAAGACGGCAGAAUUCGUCGUCAACAGAGACAAAUUCCGCCUCGGCGUCGUGCCAGAGACGAAGCAGAGGCCAGAAUGCGUCUACGCGAAGCAGCUCGUGCAAUGCGCCAGGCUAUUGUGGCCAACGACGAUGCAGACGACAGAAUUCGUCGUCAACAGAUACCAAUUCCCCCUCGGCGUCGUGUGCCAGACAGAAGAGAGAUGCCGAUUCAACAAGCUAUCCAUCGAGCUCAGUACGCAAUUGAAGCUCAGCAAGAGCAGCAAAAAAAGACUGAGUGCUCAUUCUGCAACACUCUCAUCCUGAACACUGAGUUCGUCGAGCACCUCACCCCAUGCGCAACGGAACAUGGAAUUGUUGGAACUCAGAAGAACCUCCCCUUGUACAAUUUUCUGUCAAAUUCGUGGACGUUGGACCAGGAAUUUUAUAAAAUGAGGCAAGGGCUAGAGAUCGAGUAUCUCGAAGCUUGUCGAGACCCCUCCAAAAUUUCCGAUAUGCACUGUAUUAAAUGUCCCACGUGGCGGGAUCACAACGCGGGAGGGUGCAUGAGCAACCUGCAAAAAGCCGCGUUCUUACAUCAUACCGACCGAAUUCUGAAUCUGUACAUGGCACAUUAUGAGAUUUCUCUGGAGCUGAAGAAGGAUCGAGGAGUUGAAGAGAUCAAUGCGAAGCACAUUGCAGACUUUGGCUCCGUUGAAGAGUACCUGAACAGUAAUCCAGUGAACUUGGAAUCUGAACAUAGCCGCGAGGGAGUCCGCCAUGAAACGCUUGAGAAACAGAAUGUCGAGCGCGACAAGUUCAUCCAAGAAGAAAUGGAUAAAAAUCGUGCUGCCUACGCUCGAAUGAAGGAGAUGGUCAUUAGAUACGCUCUUCGGAAAUGCUCAGAAAUGGUAGUUUAUCUCGGGCAGAACAAAGAUCGGUCCGACAUCGGACAGGUUUUGGCCUACAGAAAAUGUCUCCGUGACGAGGGAUACGAGGCGGCGAGUCGCUUGGAGCGAGCUGAGCAAGGUGAAGUGGAUGAUUGGUUUGGUGGGUGGCGCGGUGAGAGAAAUGAGGAUGUGCGCAACGCAGGUCCUGAUCCCGAGGACUACCCAUGGAUGGAAAACGACGAAUUUGUCAAUGCAAAUGAGGAAUUGAGGCGUGGCCAAGUGUUGUUGGACAUGUGGAACAAUGCAAACGUUGUCGAAGAUGACGAUCCAAUCAUUGAGGAAGAUGACGAUGCGGUCAUGGCAGAGGCCCCACUCAACCAAGAUCAACCCAUCUAA